AUGCUUAUCGUAGAAGUAUCACACCUAAUACGAAAAAGGUUUUACGUGAUUUUACGUGAUACAAAUCACAGGCACCGGUUGUUUAGUAAACAAUAUUCCGAAAUAGAUUCACGACCACCCCGGAAAAACUACAACCAGCUUUCAUCUAACGAGAAACUCGAUAACAAACAAAGUGAAGAUAUUCAUAUCAAGGAAGCUGAGAUAGAUUCAGAUGCAAGUAGUACUGACCUGGAUGAGCGAGACACCCGUGGAGUCUGCCCGCCCUGUGCACACGACCGAUACAACAAUAAUAUACGACAAACGCACGAUGACUUCAGUGACGACACAGACUAUGACGAGGGAUUGACUUGCAAUGUUUGCGACAGAUCGUUUCCCUCACGUCGUCUGCUAAGCGACCACCAACAGAAAAAGAGGCACUUUGGAUGCAGCUCGUGCGACAGUCUAUUUCCAUCUCUGAUGGCACUCGAGCACCACAAGGAAGAGUUCCAGCACUGGAGUGACGACUCUUGCUGUGACGCGUCGCGACACUCUUCUGACAGCGAGUCGGACGACUGUCGUGAUGAUGGUAGACUCAUAUAAUGCCGCCAUCUCAUUAUUGCCGGGGACAGGCCGCAGCACUUGGGCACUUUUGUUUAAUAAUAACUCCUAGUAUGGAGUACCAAGAUAUGAGAAGAAGAUAGUGCCAAAUUUCAAUAAAGUGCUAAUUCCAACUGCUACUAAACAAAGUUAAAAUUACUGUAAAAUUUUAAGUGCAAUGAAACAUCCAACAGCAGUCUCACAAAAUUUAUAGAUUGUACUCUAGCCUCAAGAAUUCCAAAUUAUGUGUACCAAAUUGCACUAAAAAUAAUUACAGGACAACAGGGCCUAUUGUUCAAAGCAUUAAAAAUAUCAAUAAUAGAAAUAUGUACUAAAUGUUAUAUUUAACUGAAGAUUUUACAUAUCAAUGUUUAGGUGUUGCUUUCUGUGAAGUUAUUCCCGGCAAUAAUGCAUAUAAACGCGUUUACGACUGAUCUGUAAAUAUUAUAAUAGGAGCUUGUGAACGUUUUGAAUAUAAGAAACUUGUUUAUACAAUUCGUUCACGACCUUAAAGUACUGUAUAUCUGCACUCGCCUUAGAUCACCCAUAUUGUUUUUAGAUAUUAGACGCCACAUUAUUUUACCAUAUAGUCAGGCCUCACCGUUAUAAGAUAAGCGUAAAAUAAAUAAUACUCAAAUCAUUUUAAAUGAAUUAUUUAUAAAGUAGGCGCUGUUCACAUUUAUAUUUUUUAAGGUGAGAGCAGUUUACUGUUUGUAGCAGUAGAUACGUAAUGACUGCAUGGUAUUAAUUUUUUUUUACACCAGUUUAAAAUGCUACGAAUAUUAACUAGAAAGGUAUAGAUUUUAAACAGGGCAUAUAUACAUGUCAGAGAACAAGGUUUCAAAUAUUUUUGUAUAGAAAUAUUUCUAACUAGAUUAAAAUUAUGAAUCAUCUUAUUAACCUCUUUUAACUAGUAAUUAGAAUGUCAAAAUUUGGUAAAUGUUGUAAA